CUUCACCUUUAAGGCGGCGCGGGGACUCCUGGGAAGGCCGGCGGGAUGGAGGCGGUGGGACUGGCUCACGGCUGCCGGUUCGGGUGAAGCGGGGCGGGAGCUGGGGCCGGAGCCGGAGCCGGAGCCGGGCCCGAGCGGGAGGUGCAGGCCCGGCACCCGCCUGCCCGCCCCCUCACCUCCACAGGCAGCACGGCUAUGGCCACGAUGGUGCUUCCGCGGGAAGAGAAGUUGAGCCAGGAUGAGAUAGUCCUGGGCACCAAGGCCGUCAUCCAAGGACUGGAGACCCUGCGCGGGGAGCAUCGUGCCCUUCUCGCACCCUUGGUCGCUCGUGAAGCCAGCGAGGCUGAGCCCGGCUCACAGGAGCGCUGUGUCCUCCUGCGCCGAUCCCUGGAAGCCAUUGAGCUGGGACUGGGGGAGGCCCAGGUAAUCCUGGCACUGUCAAGCCACCUGGGGGCCGUAGAGUCGGAGAAGCAGAAGCUGCGGGCUCAGGUGCGGCGCCUGGUGCAGGAGAACCAGUGGCUGCGGGAGGAGCUGGCAGGGACGCAGCAAAAGCUGCAGCGCAGUGAGCAGGCGGUGGCCCAGCUCGAGGAGGAGAAGCAGCACUUGCUGUUCAUGAGCCAGAUCCGCAAGUUGGACGAGGACGCCUCCCCCACCGAGGAGAAGGGGGAUGCCCCCAAAGACUCUCUGGAUGACCUGUUCCCUAAUGAGGAGGACCAGAGCCCAGCCCCCAGCCCCGGAGGAGGGGAUGUGGCUGCCCAGCACGGGGGCUACGAAAUCCCAGCAAGGCUUCGCACCCUGCACAACCUGGUGAUCCAGUAUGCCUCACAGGGCCGCUAUGAGGUGGCCGUGCCACUCUGCAAACAGGCGCUUGAGGACCUGGAGAAGACCUCAGGCCAUGACCACCCUGACGUGGCCACCAUGCUGAACAUCUUGGCGCUGGUCUAUCGGGACCAGAACAAGUACAAGGAGGCUGCCCACCUGCUCAACGAUGCCCUGGCUAUCCGAGAAAAGACACUGGGCAAGGACCACCCGGCUGUGGCUGCAACAUUAAACAACCUGGCGGUUCUGUACGGCAAACGGGGCAAGUACAAAGAAGCUGAGCCGCUGUGCAAGCGGGCGCUGGAAAUCCGGGAAAAGGUCCUGGGCCAGUUUCAUCCAGACGUGGCCAAGCAGCUGAGCAACCUGGCCCUGCUGUGCCAGAACCAGGGCAAAGCGGAGGAGGUGGAAUACUAUUACCGCCGGGCACUGGAAAUCUAUGCCACACGCCUUGGGCCUGAUGACCCCAACGUGGCCAAGACCAAGAACAACCUGGCCUCCUGCUACCUGAAACAGGGCAAGUACCAGGAAGCAGAGACCCUGUACAAGGAGAUUCUCACCCGUGCUCAUGAGAAGGAGUUUGGUUCUGUCAAUGGGGAUAACAAGCCCAUCUGGAUGCAUGCAGAGGAACGUGAGGAGAGCAAGGAUAAGCGCCGGGAUAGCACCCCCUAUGGGGAAUAUGGCAGCUGGUACAAAGCCUGUAAGGUAGACAGCCCCACUGUCAACACCACCCUACGCAGCUUGGGGGCCCUGUACCGGCGCCAGGGCAAGCUAGAAGCCGCACAUACCCUGGAGGACUGUGCCAGCCGUAGCCGCAAGCAGGGCCUGGACCCUGCAAGCCAGACCAAGGUGGUGGAGCUGCUGAAGGACAGCAGUGCUGGGCAGGGAGACCGCAAUGGCAGCCGAGACAUAGGUGGGGCUGCCAGCAACCGGUCUGAGUCUAGCAUCGAGGAGGCAGGGCCUACAGCCGAGUGGAGCGGGGAUGGCAAUGGCUCCCUGCGGCGCAGUGGCUCCUUUGGGAAGCUCCGAGAUGCCCUGAGGCGCAGCAGCGAAAUGCUGGUGAAGAAGCUGCAGGGUGGUGGCCCCCAGGAGCCCCCUAACCCCAGGAUGAAGCGGGCCAGUUCCCUCAACUUCCUCAACAAGAGUAUGGAAGAGCCAGUUCAGCCUGGAAGCACAGGCCUCUCUGACAGCCGCACUCUCAGCUCCAGCUCCAUGGACCUCUCCCGUCGAAGCUCCCUCGUGGGCUAAUUCUGAAGGGGCAGCCUGUUGCCAGAACCUCCACCCAGCACUGCCUCCACCCCAAGCCCUGCGCAUGGGCCUGCUGCUUGUCCCACCUGACUCUCCCAAGGACCCCCGUCUUUUCUGUUCAAUCUCAGGGUAACCUCCUCCCUUGUCAUCUCAGCCUGAACCCUGGAGACUGGGCCUGCCAGCUCCAGCUCUACUCCUUAUUUAUUCCUUUCAGCAGGGCCCCCUCUUCCCUAUAUUCAGGGCUAGUGCAAGGAGCUGGCCUGAGGCUCCAAGGUAGAGACUCAGUGGCCCACCAUCCCCAGACCCGGAGCCAAGAACACUUGAGCACCUGCCCUCCCUUCAGCAUUCCUGCCCUCCGGCCGUUGCUUCUGUAUAUAGAGAAAUAAGUUAUUGGCCGCACCCCUCCCCUCAGUCCCUGGUACUACCCGGUCCUCUUCCUCACCCCGCCCUUCUCUAGUGGUACCGCCCAGGCCUUAAUCACCCCCGUUCCGCGCGGUGGUAUCUCCCAGGCUCCACAUCUCGGGGCGGGGGGGGCGGCACCUCCCUGGGCCUCCUGGCACUCCUUCCGGCCUCUAAGGGGCGUUCCCUCCCCAGCCAUUCUCUGCCCCAGGACCGAGAGCCCUUCUCUGCCGUCCUCUCACCGCCGGGUCUUGCAUCCCGGCCUUAUGCACUGUCACUCCCACCCAGGCACAACCUGACCCCGCCCCGGGCGCUGCCCAACGAGGCAUCCUGCCACAUAGCCUCCCAUGCCUGUAGCUUCUCGCGAGGGUCAGUGAUGGCCCCAUGGUGGCAGGAGGGGCUGCCCCAGUUGAUGGGUGAGGGGGUCGCUAUUUUCAAAUGUUGCUGUAGAAAUAAAGAUGGUUUGAAUCUGA